UUGCAGUCUUUUUAAAUGCAGGGCAUUCUUACAGGCCCAUUUUGGGGAUCGCCACCAGAGACGCCUCCUCCCUCAGCAGAGGAGGGACCUCAGUCUCAUUCUGCACUUUUCCGAAUUGGACAGAUGAACAACGUGGAGCUGGAUGAUGAACUCCUGGACCCGGAAGUGGACCCUCCUCACACCUUCCCCAAGGAGAUUCCACACAACGAGAAGCUCCUCUCCCUCAAGUAUGAGAGCCUGGACUAUGACAAUAGUGAGAAUCAGCUCUUCCUGGAGGAGGAAAGACGAAUCAACCACACGGCUUUCCGGACAGUGGAGAUCAAGCGCUGGGUUAUCUGUGCCCUCAUUGGAAUCCUCACAGGCCUAGUAGCCUGCUUCAUUGACAUUGUAGUGGAGAACCUGGCAGGCCUCAAGUACCGAGUCAUCAAGGACAACAUCGACAAGUUCACAGAGAAGGGCGGCCUGUCCUUCUCCCUCCUGCUGUGGGCCACACUGAACUCUGCCUUCGUGCUCGUGGGGUCUGUGAUUGUGGCCUUCAUAGAGCCAGUUGCUGCUGGCAGCGGAAUCCCUCAGAUCAAGUGCUUCCUCAAUGGGGUGAAGAUCCCCCACGUGGUGCGGCUCAAGACGCUGGUGAUCAAGGUGUCUGGCGUGAUUCUGUCUGUGGUAGGGGGACUGGCUGUGGGAAAGGAAGGGCCAAUGAUCCACUCAGGAUCCGUGAUUGCUGCAGGGAUUUCACAGGGAAGGUCGACGUCACUCAAGCGAGAUUUUAAGAUCUUUGAAUAUUUCCGCAGAGAUACAGAGAAGCGGGAUUUUGUCUCAGCUGGAGCUGCAGCUGGAGUGUCUGCUGCGUUUGGAGCACCUGUGGGUGGGGUCCUGUUCAGCCUGGAAGAGGGCGCCUCCUUCUGGAAUCAGUUCCUGACAUGGAGAAUUUUCUUUGCUUCCAUGAUUUCGACCUUUACACUGAAUUUUGUUCUGAGCAUCUACCAUGGAAACAUGUGGGACCUGUCCAGCCCUGGCCUCAUAAAUUUUGGAAGAUUCGACUCAGAGAAAAUGGCCUACACAAUCCAUGAGAUUCCUGUCUUCAUCGCCAUGGGUGUGGUGGGUGGCAUUCUUGGAGCCGUGUUCAAUGCCUUGAAUUACUGGCUAACUAUGUUUCGAAUCAGGUACAUCCACCGGCCCUGCCUCCAAGUGAUUGAGGCCAUGCUGGUGGCAGCUGUCACAGCCACAGUUGCAUUUGUCUUGAUUUACUCGUCUCGAGAUUGCCAGCCCCUGCAGGGGAGCUCCAUGUCCUACCCACUCCAGCUCUUCUGUGCAGAUGGCGAAUACAACUCAAUGGCCGCAGCCUUCUUUAACACCCCUGAGAAGAGCGUCGUCAGCCUGUUCCACGACCCACCAGGCUCCUAUAAUCCCAUGACUCUCGGCCUGUUCACCCUGGUCUACUUCUUCCUGGCCUGCUGGACCUAUGGCCUCACAGUAUCUGCUGGUGUCUUCAUCCCAUCCCUGCUCAUUGGGGCUGCCUGGGGCCGACUCUUUGGCAUCUCCAUGUCCUACCUCACAGGAGCAGCGAUCUGGGCAGAUCCGGGUAAAUACGCCCUGAUGGGAGCUGCUGCUCAGCUUGGUGGGAUCGUGAGGAUGACCCUUAGCCUGACAGUCAUCAUGAUGGAGGCCACCAGCAACGUGACCUACGGUUUUCCCAUCAUGUUGGUGCUGAUGACUGCCAAGAUUGUGGGUGAUGUCUUCAUUGAGGGCCUCUAUGACAUGCACAUCCAGCUGCAAAGUGUGCCCUUCCUACACUGGGAAGCCCCGGUCACCUCACAUUCGCUCACUGCCAGGGAAGUAAUGAGCACGCCUGUGACCUGCCUGAGGAGGAGAGAGAAGGUUGGCAUCAUCGUGGAUGUCCUAAGUGACACAGCGUCUAAUCACAAUGGGUUCCCUGUGGUGGAGGAUGUAGGAGACACCCAGCCAGCCAGACUCCAAGGCCUAAUCCUGCGUUCCCAGCUCAUCGUGCUCCUGAAGCACAAGGUGUUUGUGGAGAGGUCCAACAUGGGUUUGGUGCAGCGGAGACUGAGGCUGAAAGACUUUCGCGAUGCCUACCCACGCUUCCCCCCAAUCCAGUCCAUCCACGUAUCCCAGGAUGAGCGGGAGUGCACCAUGGACCUUUCUGAGUUCAUGAACCCUUCUCCCUACACUGUGCCACAGGAGGCAUCUCUUCCUCGAGUGUUCAAGCUGUUCCGGGCUCUGGGCCUGAGGCACCUGGUCGUAGUAGACAACCACAAUCAGGUGGUCGGGCUGGUGACCAGGAAGGACCUAGCAAGAUACCGCCUAGGAAAAGGAGGCCUAGAAGAGCUUUCACUGGCCCAGACGUGAGGGCUGGCCCCCACCCUUGGGCAGCGGCACCCCGGCCCCUCUGCACCUCCUCCCAGGGUCCCUGGUCUCAGCCAAAGCCUUGCCCUGGGCAGUGCAGCAACAGGAGCAAAUGCCCUCCCCGGGCUUGGCUGGUGUGGGGCCCAGACCCUUUGUCCUGGGCAGUUGGUUUACAUCAUCAGCAUUUCCCUAUUCCCUGAACCUGCAGUCCUCAGACUUGUCCCACUCCUGGGUCCCUUCUCCCAGGAUGUAAAGUGUGUUUUCACACCCCUUGUGGCUCACUUCUGAGAGCCAAUAGAGACUCGUGUAUGUGAGAGAGACAGACAGACAGACAGGCAAGCAGCAGGCGAGAGCUACUAUUUACUGCUGUUUUUGCUCUGCCUCUGAGCACCUAUCCUGUGUCUGUACUGCUCAAAACAGCCAGGGGCUUCAGCAGAAAGGGUGUGAGGAGCUAUGCAGCCUGGAGCAGGCUCUGUCAGGGAACCCACGUGUGCCCCACAUGCCGUCUGUGUCUUUGUCCAGAAGACAGGGACUGGUUCUAUGCCUGGGGCUUGUGAUCUGAAGAUCACAUGAAGACUGAAUUGGAAUUCACCAACAUCUGCCCUAGGCUUUCAGACCUGGGGCCCAUGGCACUGGACUAUAGCCAGAAGGCAGGUCUUUUUGCAGCACUUAGGUCCCUGGUGUCCAUAGUGUCUUGCUUAUUACUGUACUAUGUACACCCUUGGGAAAUGGCCUCCCAGGACCAGGCCAUUCCAGGGUGGCCCUACAAUGGAUGGACCUGUGAGCACCAGAGCCGAGGAACCUCACCCUUAAGCCCUGUAUUGUCAAAGCUGGCUCCACUGGACCAAGCCGAACCUGAUGUCUCCCCUGGGACACUUUGUAAAGCUAGUUGCAGUGUCUCUGGCACUAGUCUGUUACAAGGCCACACAGCUUUGGACAGCUGGCAGCUCCUGCCCUUCAGUUGUCCCUCCAGAAGAGUGGCUCUUCCUUCCAUGAGGAGAUGGGCUAACUAUGUUGAGUCUGAAAUGAGAAACGAGAGAUCUCUGUUCUCUGCCUUGGGCUCAGCAUUCUGGGGAGUCAGGCACUCAGCAUGGUGAUAAGCAAGUACAAAUGGCACCUUCUACAAACAGUCGCUGCUCUCUGUGUUGGGCAGUGGUGCAGUCCAUGAAGAGUAUGGCAGCCAGCCCAGGACCCAGUGGGAGGGCCAUGCAGGGACUCUGGCCUUCUCAUCCCAUCACAGACUUGCUCUCAGGCUCACUGCAGAGCAUGGGUUCUGUGACCUGUGUCCUGUCCUCAAGCCUGGGCUCUUCAAGAAGUUAAAACUGGCCCACCUGGUGGGUAGGUCCAAGUGACAACGCCAGGAGUGCUCUGGAUUGGGAAGGGCCAUGCCUAAGUUGGACCCAAGGGAUGUAAAACACGGCACAGGAUCUCAGACUUGGUACCAAAAAAGCAUGUGCAAUCUGUCCACAGCCUGUGUGUUGACUACUUGUUGAAAUGAUAUUUUUGGAUAUAUUAGGUUAAAUAAAACAAUCAAAGUUUGGCUCUCCA